AUGCAACGAACGCCAUGCACUCGACCGGCGACCUCCGUUCGCUCUUUGUCUGUGGGGCUGGACGGAGCCCUUGGCAGCACCAGCUUGAGGAGGGCGGGACUGAGCGGCUGGCCCUCCGGUUCUGUGGGGCGUGCUAAUGAACCAGUAGGUAUAUCCUCUCUAAGCGUUGGUAUCCUUAGUUGAGGACUUAUCCCCCUUGCAAGGUCUGAAGUUGUGCAUGACAUUCCAUCGGGAUCGUGAAGCUUCCUUUGCGAGGAAUGCUUUAUGAAGCACAAACUCAAGUUUCAUGAUGUUUCAUGCACAAUCACAGAGGACCCAUAUCCAGAUGCGUGCCUCCUUUUCUUCUUCUUGUCACGUGGUGGCAGGUAGAAAUCAACAAGGGAACCAUCUAGGGGUGGUUCUGGGUUCAGCGGUUCACCUGUGGAUUCCCCUUUCUACACGUCUUCACUCAUGAUGUACAUCAAACCUUGGCUAUAAAUAAGACAAAGCCAAUCAUGACAGGAGUGCAUGCUUACCUUUGUGUGUUUCCAAAGCCAAUCCGGUCGGUUCAUAUCGUGCCUCCGCUGGACAAGUGAGAGCAAAUGCUUCCCUGGAUGUUCCACAGGCGUUUUCGUCGGAACUCCUUUUGCGCGGGUGUGCCAGGCCGUGCGCAGUAUCUUGAAGGCGCUACAGGAAGAUUGGGCUUCUGGAGAACAAAGAAGAAACUUGCUGGUACAGCAUGCGACAGGAAGUGGGAAAUCGUUGACCAUGGCCUUGCUGGUGGAGUGCCUGCAGGAUGUUCAUGAUUCUCAGGGUCGCGGCUUUGCGCUGGUCUUCGUGCUGAGUGAUCGUCUCCAGCUAGAUCGACAGCUGGGCGACACCGUGGACAGCUUCCGGUCCCGGGUCGCGCGCGGGGCGCCGGGGCCGCGCCGAAGAGGGCCGCUGCGCCGGGCCGAGGAGAGCCGUCAGUGUUUGGCGAAAGCGCUGAGCUCGGCCGUCCACGCUGAGCUCGAGCGGUGUGUGACGGUGGUGACCACGAAACAGAAGUUGGAUCGCUUUUUACUGGAAAGUGACUCCAAACAUCGGCGUGGUUGGCUGGCUCCAAUUUUCAAGCGUGGUCGUGUGGCGGUGAUUUGCGAGGAAUGCCAUCGAGCGCAUUUCCACGGCUGUGCCACCGGUGCAGCAGUGGCUCGCUUGUUUGGAGAUCAAGGCCGCGCACAGCCAGCUGAUCUUGUAUAUAUUGGCUUUACAGGAACUCCAAGUCAGAGUGCCCUUGAGCUCUUUGGACGGUCUGAGUCGUCUCAGACCGAGACCGGUGAGACGGUCGUUGGAUCCGUGCACUGCUACCACUUGGGAGAGGCUGAAGCUGAAGGAGUCGUCUUGGACGUUUUGGCCAACUACGAAAGCGUGAACAUCGAGGAUGUGUCAGGUAAAUGUGCUUUCAUCCUUGCUGACAUGCAGAGGCUGGCGCACGUCUACCCCCCGGACUUCGCUGCAGUGAUGAAGGGAAUGGUGGUCUGCAGGUCGCGUUCGGAGGUCCUUGGCUUCGUCCGGACCCUGCGGACUGCAACGGCGUGCGGAGCUCCUUGGGUUCUCCCCGGCAGUUGUGGGAGGUCGCAGGGCUUCCACUUCAAUAGAGGCAUCUGCGGCUUCUUCAGUGGUGCCGUGGAGGAUCUUGUUGAAGAACAGCUAAAUGGCUGUUCUCUCCUGGAAGCCUGCCGAACAGCCAGGAUCUUGGUGGUUUGUAACAAGCUGGAGACCGGCUUCGAUGAACCGCGCCUGGCCGUUUUGUAUCUCAACCGGUGCCUCGAAAGCAAUGUGAAGGUGGUCCAAGUCCUUUCGAGGAUCAACCGCCCCUUCAGCGGCAAACCUUUCGCCUUCAUACGAGACUUUCAUAGCCAAGGCAGCCUGGCCAAGGCCUCUUUCGAGGCCUUUCGCCGGCGAGUGGUGAACAACUCCAAGCCUAAGGAGGUCCGCGCUUGCAGUGAACAUCGACUCGGUGGCCUCCUGAGUGCUCGACGAUUAAAGCGACAGGCCCUGCCGGCCCUGCUCUCUGGAAAGAUGGUCUUCAUAGAUGAGAAGGUGGCUUCCAGCCUUCUGCAUCAAGUGGUUCCAAGUAGCCGCUACGGAGGAAAGCCGAAAUCAAGGCGGAAGUGGAUCAGCUGGGCAGGUUCCUCUCGGCUCACUGCGCAACCGCAGCAGAUGCUGGAAGCAGCCUUCAAAGAAUCCAUGUCCAAGGCUAUUGGCUUCAGUUCCCAGGAGGCACGGAUGCGUCUUGUUGCAGAUGGAGAGCCAGGAGCGGCGGCCGUGCUUAGGGGACCGGCGCAACGGCUCCAAGACUUUUGGCAGGCCGUGGAGGAGCAUCGGAGAAGCUAUUUCGAGGUGGAGCCAACUUUGAGGAGGGCCAACAAGGAGGUUCCCUACCCUGUCUUUAUUUGUUCCAAGGGCCGCGCUUCCAGUGGCUUCCUUGAGUGGCGUGCGGCGCAUUGCCUGGGGCCCAACAGUGCAGGCGUUUGCCCUGUGGUCAUUGUCGUAGAGCCCCAGGAGGAGUCCACUUACAGGUUGCACUGGCCUGACGCAAUUUUGCUGGUGCUGUCAAGGCCAGCGGAGACGGCGAUUGGCUAUGCUCGCUGGGUGGUCCAGAAGAUUUGCACCAGCUCGCGCUGUGCAGGUCGCCACCUGCAGCUGCCCUUCAUUUGGAUGGCUGAUGACUUGCUCUUGAGCUUCUACAGAAUUGAGCGGUUGCAGUACGGCGGCAAGAGGAGGCGAAUCUUGCGCGCACUGCCCCAGAGAGGCUUUUGGGAGGCCUUCGUGGCAGUGCAGCAGCGGCAGGACAUUUGUGAGAUGGCCGUGGCUGGCUUCUUGAGGGAUCGUGGUGCGUCAAGCUUGGUGAAGAGAGAUUGGGUCAUUGAUGAUUCACUUGCUUUGCAGAAGGUGGUUUUGUUGAAUCUGGUCCAGCUGCAGUCUCUCCAAGUGGAGUAUUGCCCGUGGCUUCGCAAGUCGGAAGACCUGGCGAUUGCUUACCAAGUGGCCAAAGAACCUGGAGGCCACCUCUUGAAGUGUCACCGCUACACCUACCGUGCCCGGCACUUGGCGCGCAGCGGCGCGGAGGAGGUGCGCCGCUUGUGCGCCGAGCCUCGGGGCCCGGAGCUGCCGCGGCUGCUGUUGGGGGGUGCGGAGCAGCGGCGGAGGCUGCCAGUGCGGCAGAAAUCUGCUGUUGACGCCCUGGUGGAGUGGCUGCGCCGCUAUCGCACAGCGGAGCCGGUGACAGGGGCUGUGGAUGCCCAUGGCGACUGGGAUGAUGGUGCGGAUGCGGCAUCUUUCCAGCUCUUGCGUGAAGAAGGCAGCAGGAAGCAAGGCUUCAUGGAAUGGUUGGCGAAGCUGCCCAAGGCCCUAAACGACAGCUGAACAGCAUGCGCACUUCGUCGCAACGUUUUCAGAGGCAGCCUUGAUGGCUGGUGGUUGCAGGGAUUCAGACGAGGCAGUCUGAAGAUCGGUCAGUUGGCCAAAAUCUACUCAUCACAACAAUCACCUUUUCAUGGCUGGAGACCUCAGCCAUCCCCAGCUGCUCUUCGGAACUUCAGAUUCAGCAAGCUCUUUUCUGUUGGACAUCACCACUGAGGCCGUCGUGGGGUUCACGCUUCGUUGCGAAGUCCACCAUGUGACAACCACUCUCUGUUGGGAAGCAAUUGAUCCCUUUGAGCAUGUUCCUGGCUCGAGCCUUUUCUCACUGAUGCUUUCAACGCUUUCUCGGGAGAAAGAGGACGAUGUGACCCGUUGUUGCAAGCGGUGCUGGGAAAGCCAAGUGAAGGGCAUGGUGAGGAUGAACUGAGGAUGAAAAGCAUUCAAAAGCCAUCUGCGUAGCACUGUGGGAUGCUCCACAGACCUAGACCUGUGCAACACGCCUGGGCCUGGACCAAGGGCACUUCUGUGGAGAGCAACAA